UAAAUACGGUUCACAUGUGAAUGUCAGUCACAGUGACAGCUGAUUUAGUUUUAUGCGAAUGGCAACUUAUUCUUUCUGCUGAACUUGUUCUUGACGCGUUGUACGCUGCUCUGGUUGUGAGAAAAUCACUUUUACAUAAAAUAAAAUCAAAAAUGAAAGAGACGAUGGGCAGCCGCAGUGCAUAUCGUAAAAGAUUGCUAAGAUUUGAAAAGAAAGAAAAGAUACGACUUAUAGCCGCUGUAAGGGUAAGACGUCUUCUCUGGGAUAUGCUGGACAGUGAGCACAAUGAUAUGAUGGGUGUCAAGGAGGCGUGGCAAUCAGUUGGCUCUGAAAUUGGCAGAGAUCCAAACGAUUGCAAGGUCGCUUGGCGUUCCUUAAGACAGAGCUAUCGGUACCACUGUAAGGCGGCGAACAGUCGCCUCAAGAUUGGCGAAGAUGACGACGAAGGCGAAGUCGAUCCAUUGGAAACUCGCGAUAUUCAAUGGGUAUUUGCCGAUCAUAUGGCUUUCUUAAAGGAAAUGUCAAAGGAAAAAAGAUCAGACUCUGUCGCUUUGGACGAAACUCCUACAAGCAACUCAGUAUUAGAAGAUUAUACUGACAUGGAGUACUUGGAAACCUAUGACCAUAACCAUGACGAAGUCGAAGGCGAUGAUGUGAAUUACCCUACACAGGAUGAUGUAGAUGAAGAAGGAACUACGAAUAUAUAUUAUUUGACAAAAUCGUCAACGCACGAAGAUAUGCUGAGUAAACCAAAGAUCACACAGAAUGAUGUCUUAUGUAGAACGUGCAUGCAGCCAACAGAUGCUCGAACAUCAGAAAAUCUAUUUAAGCCUCACAAUAGCAAGCUACUUCGAGAUAUCAAAGAGCUGACAGAUCUGCAUCUAAAACGAGAUGAAGACUACUCGGAUUUUAUUUGUGGCCACUGUCAACAAGUUCUGGAGAUUGCCAGUGAAUUUCGCAGAGUGUGCAUUGAGUCACAAACCCAGGUCCUGAUAAACGUACAAAUGAAGGAGGAGACAGAAGAUAUGGAUUCUCCAGAGUCAAUAAUACAGCACAGUUCAAGUCAUUCAGACUUGAGCAUACAAGAAGAACGGCUGGAGGAUAUCGCUAUUUCAGAUAACGAAAUCUAUUAUGAAGAAGAUGACGUGCCACCGUUAGCUUCAACAAAGUCCCCACCAAUUAUAAAGAAAUCAAAAAAGCAGUCAAAAUCAUUCAAAUACCAGUGUCAUGAGUGUGGACUGACAUUUUCAAGCCAAGAUUUACUCAAGAUGCACAUGCAUCAGAUUCAUAGCAUGCAGCUACAUACUAGAUUUGUGUGCAAGCAUUGUGGACAUGAUUUCAAGUAUUCUGCUCCCCUUGUUGAGCACCUGAAGAGCAUUGGAGUUAAGUUUGAUUACAAGUGCGAAGAAUGUGGUCAGAAGUUUCACAGCAGAUUUUUCCUUAAGAAGCAUAUGAGACGAGUCCAUGGACUGGCUGAUGAGCAUAUUUGCCACAUUUGUGGUAAAAACUUCACCACUGGAUUUAAUCUACGAAAUCACAUUGUGCGCCACGCCGGCACUCGACCCCAUAAAUGUAAAUUAUGCAAUGCUGCCUUUUCGACGACUGCUGAACUGAAUAACCACAAGCGAACUCACGAUAAUGUACGUCCAUAUCCCUGCCGUUAUGGGUGUGGCAAAACCUUUCGCCACUGCAGCAAUCGUAGCACUCACGAGAGAGUACAUAUGGAUGGCAGUUUGCGACCCUUUCAAUGUGACUAUUGCGACAAAUCGUUUGUUACCAAAGGCGACUGCAGAACUCAUCAAGUGGUUCAUACUAUGAGUCGUGAUUUUAGCUGUGACAUUUGCGAACAAAGCUUUAAAUUACAGAAGCAUUAUCAGCAGCAUCUCACGACCAAGUCUCACAAAAAGGUGGAGGCUCUCGCUAAAGUGCAGAAUACAGAUACCAUGGCAUAGAUCUAGCCAUGAUUAAUAUUUGCCAUGAUAAUGAAUACUUAAUGCCGAAAAAUAUCUUUAUCGUAUCUCUGGCACUUCUGGAAUUACAUGUCCUACCAUGAUUAAUGAAUAAUGAUUAAAGUUUGCCAUGAUAACGAACACUUAACGCUGAAAAAUAUCUUUAUCAUUUUAUUUUCGUAUCUUUGGGACUACUGGAAAUUACAUGGUCCACCAACAUUAAAUUUUGCAUUGAAAUAUUGAAUAAAAAAAUACAAAUAUAAUUACAAUUGAUAUGAAAGAUUAAA